AUGGGUUCCCCGGUGUGUGGAGCCUGGUCUCGCCGCCUCUUUGCGCUCUGCGCCCGGAUACAACUGGCUGCCCGGCCCGGUCCGGAGCUCCGACCCGGAGCCUCUACUGCGAUCUCGGCCAGAAGAAACCUGAACGUCCAGACUGCAGCUGAGGCCGGAAAACUGAAGAGCAUCGAUGAUUUACCGGGACCAAGUUUAUCCACCACGUUGUACUGGUUAUUUGUGAAAGGAUAUGCAGACAAGAGCCAUUUACUGCAGGGUUUACAGAAGAAUCUGUAUGGACCCAUCUGGCGCUCCAGAUUUGGCCCGUUCGACAUCGUCAAUGUAGCGAGUCCAGAGCUCAUUGCUCAGGUGAUCCGACAGGAAGGGCGCUACCCGGUCCGAGCCGACCUGCCGCACUGGAAGGAGUACAGAGACCUGAGGGGGCAAGCCUAUGGUCUGCAUGUGGACGUAGGACCGGAAUGGUACCGAAUACGCAGCGCCCUGAACCCCAAGAUGCUGAAGCUGCGGGAAGUGUCGGCCUUCGCUCCCAUCAUCCACCAGGUGGUCGGAGAUCUGCUGCAUCGCAUCGACCUCCUCCGAAGUCGCAGCGAGGACCAGACCACCGUUUCAGACCUGGCUGCUGAGCUCUACAAGUUCGGCUUUGAAGGUAUCUCUUCCAUCUUGUUUGAGACCAGGCUGGGCUGCCUACAGGAGGAAAUUCCUCGAGAGACGCUGCGCUUCAUCAAUGCGGCCAACGACAUGCUGACAAUGUCUGAGACGGUGGUCCUUUUCCCACGCUGGAGCCGUGGCAUCCUCCCCUUCUGGAAACGCUUUGUUCAGGCCUGGGAUGACCUCUAUGACGUAGCCCAGACCCUCAUCAACAGGAGAAUCGCUGAAAUCGAGGCCCAGCUGCACAGCGGCGAGCCGGCAGAGGGCAUGUACCUGACAUACCUGCUGUCCACUGAUAAGCUGACCAGAGCAGAGGUCUACAUUACCAUCACGGAGCUGCUGCUGGGAGGAGUCGACACGACCUCUAACACCCUAUCGUGGGUGUUGUACCAUUUAUCGAGGACCCGCGAGGUUCAGGAUCGACUGUACCAAGAGGUGAACUCUGUGUGUCCGGACAAACGGGAGCCAACCACGGAUGACCUGAGCAGGAUGCCCUACCUGAAGGCCGUCAUCAAGGAGACGUUACGCUUGUAUCCUGUCGUUCCUGGAAACGGACGCUUUAUCUCAGACAGUGACGUCAUCGUGGACAACUACUGGAUUCCCAAGAAGACUCAGUUCCACUUGUGUCAUUACGUUUCCUGUCACGAUGAGUCAGAGUUUACGGACGCAGAGCUCUUCGUCCCCGAGCGUUGGCUUCGUGGUGAGGUAACCGACGGCAACGGUGGCGGCUGCGGCAGAUCGACGCCCGGCUCCUUCCAGCAUCACCCGUACAGCUUCAUCCCCUUCGGCGUCGGGGUUCGAGCCUGCGUCGGGAAGAGAGUGGCGGAGCUGGAGAUGUACUUCGCUCUGUCCAGGCUGAUGCAGCAUUACGAGGUCCGGCCUGAAGACGGAGAACCGACCGUAGAACCCAAAACUAGAACCCUGCUCAUCCCGUCAAAGCCCAUCAACCUGCGCUUCCUCCCCAGAGCCUGA